UACUACACCGACAUGUGGCUGGACGAUUACGACACUCCCGAUUUCCGGGAGCGGCUGGCCGCCCUCUGGGCGGAGGUGGCGCCGCUGUACCGUCAGCUGCACGCCUUCGUGCGCGGCCGCCUCAGGGCCCGCUACGGGGACAGCGUGGUCAGCAGGAUCGGACCCAUACCGGCCCAUCUGCUCGGGAACAUGUGGGCCCAGACGUGGGGUAACAUAAUCGAUAUAUGCAAACCGUAUCCAGAGAAAAAGGCUGCCGACGUCUCCGCGCAGAUGAAAGAAGCCGGGUACACGCCGGUGCGCAUGUUCCGUCUCUCGGAGGAAUUUUUCACGUCACUCGGCCUGGAGCCGAUGCCGGACACCUUCUGGAACCUGUCGGUGCUGGAGCGGCCCGCGGACGGGAGGGAGCUGGUCUGUCACGCCAGCGCCUGGGACUUCUGUGACCAGCGCGACUUCAGGAUAAAGCAGUGCACGGUGGUCUCGAUGGACCAGCUGAUAACGGUACACCACGAAAUGGGCCACAUUCAGUACUACAUACAGUACAAAGACCUCCCGAUGGCGCUGAGGAGAGGGGCUAACAGCGGAUUCCAUGAGGCUUUGGGCGACACCUUAGCUCUAUCGGUUCAGACCAGGAAACAUCUGAAGAAGAUUGGUCUUCUGAAGGAAGAAAAAGACGAUCCUGAGGUGGAUCUGAACUUCCUGAUGCUGACGGCGCUGGACAAGAUCGCCUUUCUGCCGUUCGGCUACCUGAUCGACAAGUGGCGCUGGGACCUCUUCUCCAACGUGACGUCGCCUGAGGACCUGAACUGCGCCUGGUGGCAGCUGCGGGAGGAGCUGCAGGGCGUGAAGCCGCCUCAGCCGCGCUCAGAGGCCGACUUCGACCCCGGCGCCAAGUACCACGUGCCCGCCAACACGCCCUACGUCAGGUACUUCGUGGCUCGGAUCCUGCAGUUCCAGUUCCACAAGGCACUAUGCCAGGCGGCUGGAGAGUACGACCCACAGGAUUCCAGCCGACCUCUACACCAAUGCGACAUCUAUCAAAGCAAGGAGGCCGGAAAACUACUGAGCGCCAUGAUGCGCCUGGGCCAUUCUGUACCGUGGCCGGACGCGCUGGAGGCCAUCACGGGCCAGAGGGCGAUGGACGCCUCCCCGCUGCGCGAGUACUUCCGACCGCUGGAGGAAUGGCUGACGAAGGAGAACGAACGGACCGGCGAGACGGUCGGCUGGAAAAGCGACGGUCCCGUUUGCACGAAGACGCCAGAAGCAACAUGAUCUGGUCGUAAAUAGUCACCUUAGGACGGUUAAUGCUUCGUGUAGACACCAUAUUAAGUGAUCGUGGCACCGGCUUUUUCUGUACAUGGGUAGGUACUCUCGCCACAAAAAGUGCAAGAAUAAGUGCAAUGGGCAUGUUUCGAUGAUGCAUCAAGAAAGUUACGUUUUGCUGCUCUUUACAUGCUUGGUGAACGAAUAUAUUGUUAGGUAAAAAGUCAAUGGAGUUUGGCAUGUUUAA